UUCUGGCAUGGUUAAUUUUUACACAUGUAGCCCUCGAAUUAUAGUAACAUGCAACUGGAACAGCUGCCAGCCAGAGACGUAGGUACGUGUUCCAGAAGGGCCAUCUCUGCUCGUUUUGCCACCGUAUAUGUCUGACGUUUUCUCUUUCUUUCCUUUCCUCAUUCAUGGAAAGAAAUGGCUGCAGGAGUAAAGAUGUCACCCUUCUCCCUCCGAGUGCAGACUCGGUCGCGACUGAGAUCUGCCGUGCCGGUGCAGAGCCUCUGGACUUCAUCCCGUGGGGCCAGGCCCAGCGACGCGGGGUCUGCAGGCCUCGGGACGCCUCGGCUUCCGCCCGUCCAGGGCCCGGCGGGGCGGCGUGGCCCCGCCGACCACAAGGCCGUGCGACCGGCCCGGCGGAGACUCGGAAGGGAUCCGAUUUCCUGGACCGGAUGACAGGCCGGGCCGAGCGGUGCCGGCUGGCGCAGCAGCCUUCGCCCCCGCCGCCCGCGCCGCACUUGCGGCGGAUCCGCCGGGACCUCCCCGCCCCGGCCAGCCGCGGCCUCCCCCAGGGCCAGGGCGGGGUCGCCCACCUGUCACCCGGACGCCCCACGUGGGUCGGCGGGGGCGCGGCCGGAGGGAGGGAGAAAAGGCCGCAGCCUCGCGAGCGCGGGCUGAGCGGGAGGAGCGGGGCGGGAGGCAGAGACGCCGAGGGAGGGAGCGGCGCGGAGACACCCCAGGAGGAACAGAGAACCAUGGCGUCCGGCAGCACCGCAGCCAGCGAGGAGGAGCGCAGCCUCCGGGAGUGCGAGCUCUAUGUCCAGAAGCACAACAUCCAGGCCCUGCUCAAGGACUCCAUCGUGCAACUGUGCACUGCCCGGCCUGAGAGGCCCAUGGCCUUCCUUCGGGAGUACUUCGAGAGGCUGGAGAAGGAGGAGGCAAAGCAGAUUCAGAAUCUGCAGAAAGCGGGCACCCGUACAGACUCAAGAGAGGAUGAAGUCUCUCCCCCCCCUCCCAACCCGGUGGUGAAGGGGCGCCGGCGACGUGGUGCCAUCAGCGCGGAAGUCUAUACGGAGGAGGAUGCUGCAUCGUAUGUCAGAAAGGUUAUACCCAAAGAUUAUAAGACGAUGGCUGCUUUAGCCAAAGCCAUUGAAAAAAAUGUUCUGUUCUCUCAUCUUGAUGAUAACGAAAGAAGUGAUAUCUUUGAUGCCAUGUUUCCCGUCCCCUUUAUUGCCGGAGAGACAGUUAUUCAGCAAGGUGAUGAAGGGGAUAACUUCUAUGUGAUUGAUCAAGGAGAAAUGGAUGUAUAUGUGAACAAUGAGUGGGCAACCAGCGUUGGGGAAGGAGGGAGCUUUGGAGAACUGGCUUUGAUCUAUGGGACACCUAGAGCAGCCACUGUCAAAGCAAAGACAAAUGUGAAGCUGUGGGGUAUCGACCGAGACAGCUAUAGAAGAAUCCUCAUGGGAAGCACACUGAGAAAGCGGAAAAUGUAUGAAGAGUUCCUCAGUAAAGUCUCUAUUUUAGAGUCUCUCGACAAGUGGGAGCGGCUCACAGUGGCUGACGCGUUGGAGCCGGUGCAGUUUGAAGACGGGCAGAAGAUUGUGGUUCAGGGCGAGCCUGGGGACGAGUUCUUCAUUAUACUCGAGGGGACAGCUGCAGUGCUACAGCGUCGGUCAGAAAAUGAAGAGUUUGUUGAAGUAGGAAGAUUGGGACCUUCUGAUUAUUUUGGUGAAAUCGCGCUGCUGAUGAACCGUCCCCGUGCGGCCACUGUGGUUUCGCGCGGGCCCUUGAAGUGCGUUAAGCUGGACCGACCUCGUUUCGAACGUGUCCUGGGCCCCUGCUCAGAUAUCCUCAAGCGGAACAUCCAACAGUACAACAGUUUCGUGUCGCUGUCUGUCUGAAGCGUGCCUCCAGUGCCUCCCUCUUGUCCCCUAGUCCGAGCUUUGCUCUGCGGCAGGCGGCUUUGUUUUCCCUACUUGCAGCUCCAAGUGGCCACUGGCAUUGCAGCUUCUUGUCUCUUUAUAUUAUUACAUGUUGCUUUCAUUGCACCAUUUUUAAUUUAGAGCAUGAACCAAAUGCUCAUACAAAUAAAUAUAGAGUUCUGUGGACUUUCGCUGUUACUGAUCCUCUCUGUGCAGUGCUGGCGUUCCGCUGGGCAGGGAGCGCCAUGCUUUUUGGUGAGGGUGGUUCCCAGCACAGUGGAGCACCAUGGGGUGAUGGCAACCCCCUGCAGUUCUUCGUGACGUGAUUUCUGGUCCUAAGCGUACUUAGACUGUGGCCAUAUAUGCCGUGCUUCUGUGUACAAUACAUUUCUCGUUAGGCUGCAACGGUUAGGAAGGAUGGACACAGGAAAGCUUAGUGCAGUAGCAAGGCAUACGCUUGGAAUUCAGCUAUUGUAAGGGUGGAAAAAAUACCCAUUUUUGCUAAUUAUCAGAUGGAUA